AUGAGCGACGUUGAUCCGGAGGUUGGAGAAAAAAGGAGGAAAAAUCAUCAGAGUCACGGGACGAAAAAGAGAUGUCAAGGAAAGAAUUCCAUGAAUGGAGAGCACAAAGAGUCUAUCCUCGAGAAAAGGAAGGAGCUGCCGGUGUACAAAGCAAGAAGCGAAAUUCUCUUCGAAUGCCGCCGACAUGCUACACUCAUAUUGGUCGGGGAGACUGGCAGUGGCAAGACAACGCAAGUUCCUCAAUUUCUUUUUGAUGCUGGUUACGCAAAACAUGGAAUGAUUGCGGUCACCCAGCCAAGGAGAGUCGCGGCUACAUCUGUAGCAAGACGAGUUGCCGAUGAGUUUGGUUGCAGAGUAGGAGAAGAAGUUGGCUACACAGUACGAUUUGAGGACAGCACGUCUCAUUCCACGAAAAUAAAGUUCAUGACGGACGGUAUGUUGCUUAGGGAACUUAUGCUGGACGGCGAGCUACGGCGAUAUUCUACCAUAGUUCUUGAUGAAGCACAUGAAAGAAGCCUUAACACUGAGCUUCUCCUCGCUCUUGUCAAACGUUUGCAAAAGUCACGCCAAGAAUCUUCAUUUCCAUUAAAAGUGGUGAUAAUGUCAGCAACUCUGGAAGCAGAAGCCUACUCUCGCUUUUUUCUUGACUGUAAGAUUGUCAAAGUACCAGGAAGGAUGUAUCCUGUCGAGGUUCUAUACACCCCGGAACCUCAACCAGACUUUCUUGAUGCUGCUGUGGUGACCUGCUUGCAAAUACAUCUCGAAGAGCCAAGGGGAGACGUUCUUUGCUUCCUGUGUGGUCAAGACCAGAUAGAGGAUGCUGCAAAAGUGUUGCAAGAGAGAUCGAGGGCCUUGCCGCCUUCAUGUGACAAAUUGAUGCCCUGCCCGCUUUAUGCUGCGUUGCCACCUUCAGAGCAGAUGCAUGCGUUUGCCCCUGCACCUGAAGGAACCCGGAAGAUUAUUCUGGCAACCAACAUCGCUGAGAGCAGUAUCACUAUCGACAGCAUCAAGUAUGUCGUAGACAACGGCCUGGUGAAAGCAAGAAUUUAUGAUCCCAAACAUGAUAUGGAGUCAUUGCACGAGGAAUUACAAAACGCCUGUAUCCCUAUCUCCAAGGCACAAGCAAAGCAGCGAGCUGGACGAGCAGGACGAGUCUCCAGUGGCAAAGCCUAUCGACUGUACACGGAAGCACAGUUUGAGGAACUGAGUGCAGCUGCUGUUCCCGAGAUCAAGAGGUGCAGGCUAUCAAGCAUGGUUCUCCAGCUGUUUGUCAUGGGGAUUGACAACCUCAUGGAGUUCGAAUUUAUGGAUACACCACCGAUACUCCUAUUGACCAAAGCACUCGAGCAACUUUUCCUACUGCAAGCUCUGGACAAGAACAAAACGUUGACAGACCUGGGACGUAAAAUGGCGAUGCUGCCAUUGGAACCACCUUACGCAAAAUUGCUACUUUCUUCAAGCAAAUUCUCUUGUUCAGAGGAGAUUCUCACUAUUGUGGCAAUGUUAUCAGUAGAUUCAAUAUUUUUCAACCCAGCAGGGAAGCGAGAAGAGGCUGCAAGAGCACGGCACCUCAUAUCGUCUGCAGAUGGUGAUCACAUGACUUACCUCAAGGUUUACGAUGGCUGGCUGAAGUCAAAGAAGGACAGAGAAUGGUGUCAUCAGUAUUUCAUCAACUCGCGGAACAUGAAGAAGGUUGAAGACAUCCGAAAUCAACUGCAAGGAUACUGCAAGCAGGGGAAGAUUCCUCUCGUCUCUUGUGAGCAAGAGUUAACGGCAGUGGCGCGAUGCCUCUGCACUGCAUUUUACAGCAACACGGCAACCAUCGCACCAGACGGAAAGUCUUACAGGAUGGAAGUGACAGCCCAGGAGGUCUAUCUCCAUCCUUCGUCGGUUCUUUUUGGGAGGCGGGCAAGGAGCGUGGUGUUUGAUGAACUUGUCCUCACGUCCAAGCUGUACAUGCGACACUGCACGGUGAUCGACGUUGGUUGGCUCGCUGAGCUCGUGCCAUUGCUGUACAAGACAGCAGGCAAAAGUUGA